AUGCGUGCUUGCACUGCAAGUCAGUGCCUCCCAUCCCCACCCACUCGCCAGCAGCCAUGGCCGCAGCGCCUGAGAGAGGGCCCGUCAGCAGCGGCAUGGUCCCAAAGGCCAGGGCACGCCCUCCUGCCUCCCAUCCCAUCCCUUCACACAGCACAGGCCUCCCAUCCCAUCCCUUCACACAGCACAGGCCUCCCAUCCCAUCCCUUCACACAGCACAGGCCUCCCAUCCCAUCCCUUCACACAGCACAGGCCUCCCAUCCCAUCCCUUCACACAGCACAGGCCUCCCAUCCCAUCCCUUCACACAGCACAGGCCUCCCAUCCCAUCCCUUCACACAGCACAGGCCUCCCAUCCCAUCCCUUCACACAGCACAGGCCUCCCAUCCCAUCCCUUCACACAGCACAGGCCUCCCAUCCCAUCCCUUCACACAGCACAGGCCUCCCAUCCCAUCCCUUCACACAGCACAGGCCUCCCAUCCCAUCCCUUCACACAGCACAGGCCUCCCAUCCCAUCCCUUCACACAGCACAGGCCUCCCAUCCCAUCCCUUCACACAGCACAGGCCUCCCAUCCCAUCCCUUCACACAGCACAGGCCUCCCAUCCCAUCCCUUCACACAGCACAGGCCUCCCAUCCCAUCCCUUCACACAGCACAGGCCUCCCAUCCCAUCCCUUCACACAGCACAGGCCUCCCAUCCCAUCCCUUCACACAGCACAGGCCUCCCAUCCCAUCCGCUGCACAGUCGCUGUGACCAGCUGGCAGCACUCGCCAGCAGCGGCGCCCGCGGUGGAUGGAAGAGGGCCAUGCCAGCAGCAGUGUGGUCCCAAAGGCCAAUAG